AUGUCCGUGACUCUCCAUACAGCCGUCGGCGACCUCAAGGUCGAGGUCUUCUGCGACACGGCGCCGGCGACGUCCUUCAACUUCCUCGCGCUCUGCGCCAGCGGGCACCGCGCCGGCGCCGUACGCCGACCGACCGCCGACCGCCGACCGAGCGCCGCCCGCAGGUACUACGACGGGUCGCCCUUCCACCGCGUCAUCCGCGGCUUCAUGGUCCAGACCGGCGACCCGACGGGCUCCGGCAAGGGCGGCGCGUCGAUCUGGGGCGGCGCGUUCGGCGACGAGUUCCACGCGGAGAACCGGCACGACCGGCGGGGCGUUCUGGCCAUGGCGAACAAGGGGCCGGGCACGAACCGGAGCCAGUUCUUCUUCACCUUCGACGCGCAGCCGCACCUGAACGAUCGGUACACGGUCUUCGGCCGCCUCAUCGACGGCUUCGACGCCCUCGACGCGCUGGAGAAGCUGCCCGUGGGCAAGAAGAACCGGCCGACGACGGACGUGCGCAUCGAGCGCGUCACGAUCCACGCGAACCCCCUCGCGGAGCGGGACGUCGUCUUCGCGAGCCCGCCGGCGGGCGCGGGCGAGUAA